AAACCAAACUCUGUUCCCAAUUCCCAACAACCAACCUGGUUUUCAAAAAUAAGGUGGGUAAUAUAUAAACAAUAAACAUUCCUGCUAAUUUCAUUUCCUACUCAUUCAUAAACCCUAACCCCCAAUUUCAAAUCAAUCAAUGGCGACAAUAUCAAAGAUUCUAAACCCAGUUACAGCAUCAUCUUCUUCAUCAUCAUCAAAGUUGAAUAGCAGAUCUUCAACUACUCAAAGAUGUUUUAUGAUUGAUUUCAACAAAUCCAGAUUUUCAUCAUCUCGAUUGUCCCUACCAACCAAUCGCACCUCAUCUUUCCCUUUUCUAGUGAAAUGCACGCAAUCUGGUGGAAAUGGAAGUCCGAUCAAGAGGACGAGUUUGCAUGAAUUGUACGAAAAGGAAGGGCAGAGUCCUUGGUAUGAUAAUCUAUGUAGACCUGUUACGGAUUUGAUCCCUUACAUUGCUAAUGGUGUUCGAGGUGUCACCAGCAAUCCCGCGAUUUUCCAGAAAGCCAUUUCUUCUUCAGAUGCUUACAAUCAUCAAUUCAGGGAACUUAUAAAAUCUGGAAAAGAUAUUGAGAGUGCUUACUGGGAGCUAGUAAUCAAGGACAUUCAAGAUGCAUGCAAACUUUUUGAGCCCAUAUAUGAUCAAACAGAUGCAGCUGAUGGUUAUGUCUCUGUUGAAGUGUCUCCUAGACUUGCAGAUGACACUCAAGGCACCGUGGAAGCUGCUAAGUGGCUUCAUAAAGUUGUGAAUCGGCCAAACGUUUACAUAAAGAUUCCGGCUACUGCUCCCUGCAUCCCUUCGAUAAAGGAAACUAUUGCCAAUGGUAUAAGUGUCAAUGUUACUCUUAUUUUCUCUCUUUCCAGGUACGAGGCUGUGAUAGAUGCAUACUUAGAUGGGCUGGAGGCUUCUGGUCUCAGUGAUCUCUCCAGAGUGACAAGUGUGGCUUCCUUUUUUGUCAGUAGGGUUGACUCCCUGAUUGACAAAUUGCUUGAAAAGAUAGGAACCCCAGAAGCUCUUGAUCUCCGUGGGAAGGCUGCAGUGGCCCAAGCAACUCUGGCUUUUCAACUUUAUCAGAAGAAAUUUUCUGGUCCAAGAUGGGAAGCAUUGGUAAAAAAAGGUGCCAAGAAGCAGAGACUAUUGUGGGCUUCUACAAGUGUUAAGAAUCCAUCCUACUCAGACACUCUCUACGUUGAUCCUCUGAUUGGCCCUGAUACUGUUUCAACCAUGCCGGAUCAGGCCCUUGAAGCAUUUAUUGACCAUGGAACAGUCUCUAGAACCAUCGAUGCAAACGUCUCUGAGGCUGAAGGUAUCUAUAGUGCACUUGAGAAGUUGGGGAUCGAUUGGAACCAGGUUGGCUCUCAGCUGGAAGUUGAAGGAGUAGACUCCUUCAAGAAGAGCUUUGAUAGCCUGCUUGAUACCCUGCAAGAGAAAGCAAACUCCCUGAACUUGGUAAACCAAUGAGUGAGUGCCGUCGGGUGUGAAAUAAAUCAUGUAUUUUAGUCAGUGUAUAAGUGGUUCUAAUGCUUUCAUCUUUCCUUUACAAAAAGAGGAAAAAUCAUAUAUUGAUGCUGUUUAAGAUUUGAAUAAAAGUGAAGGGGAUCUUGCUACCUGAUAGGGGUGUCUGCGUAUGUUUUAGUUGUGGCAUGAAGUUUUUGCUGCAGUGUGAUUUUCAUAUAAUUAUAUCAAGAAGCUAAGAUCAAAGUGUUAGGCUUUUAGUAUAUUUUCCAUGAAAGACAAGCAGCAUUUUCAGACAACCGGAGAACGAGCCAUGGCUACCCUAGUGUUAUCUUUAAAGCAUGAUUCUUGUUACCAUCAUAUUAGGUUAUUUUCCCAUCA